UGCUUGAAGGGAGCCCAGCCGGCCGGCCAAGAGACCGGUCCUCGUCGUCCCCCGGGCGCCCUGUGAGAGUCACCGACGGGUGGACGGACCGACCGCCGGAGGAGGGCUGGCCUGGGCGGUGGCAACGCGGGCCCGAUGGCGCGGGUCGCGUGAGGCGGCAGGCCGAGUGCGGCCCGCGGUGCGCCCGCCCAGCGAUGCGGGCCCCGCCCGUCGCCUCAGGUGCCAUUUGGAUAGUACUUUAGCGGCACAAUGUACUCUGAGUGGCGGUCACUGCAUUUGGUGAUUCAGAAUGAUCAAGGCCAUACCAGUGUGCUACACAGCUAUCCAGAGAGUGUUGGGCGAGAGGUGGCGAAUGCAGUGGUCCGUCCUCUUGGGCAGGCAUUAGGUACCUCUUCAGUGGCUGGUAGUGAGAGUUUGUUAAAAACUGACAAAGAAGUAAAAUGGACUAUGGAAGUAAUUUGCUAUGGACUGACCCUUCCAUUGGAUGGAGAGACUGUAAAAUAUUGUGUUGAUGUAUAUACAGAUUGGAUUAUGGCUUUGGUAUUGCCUAAAGAUUCUAUUCCAUUACCAGUUAGUAAAGAGCCUAAUCUAUAUGUUCAAAGUAUAUUAAAGCACCUACAAAACCUUUUUGUACCAAGACAGGAACAGGGCUCCAGUCAGAUCCGACUAUGCUUACAGGUUCUGAGAGCCAUUCAGAAACUGGCCCGUGAGUCAUCCAUCAUGGUUCGAGAAACCUGGGAAGUCUUACUGUUGUUUCUUCUGCAAAUUAAUGACAUACUUCUGGCCCCACCAACUGUUCAAGGUGGCAUUGCUGAGAGUCUAGCAGAGAAGUUGAUUGGUGUUCUUUUUGAAGUUUGGUUAUUAGCUUGCACCCGGUGCUUCCCAACACCUCCUUAUUGGAAGACAGCCAAGGAGAUGGUAGCUAACUGGAGGCACCACCCAGCAGUGGUGGAGCAGUGGAGCAAGGUCAUCUGUGCACUUACUUCCAGAUUGCUCCGCUUUACGUACGGCCCUUCAUUUCCUCCGUUUAAAGUUCCUGAUGAAGAUGCCAAUCUGAUCCCUCCAGAAAUGGACAAUGAGUGUGUUGCACAAACAUGGUUUCGAUUUUUGCACAUGUUAAGUAAUCCUGUGGAUCUGAGUAAUCCAGCCAUUAUAAGCUCAACCCCCAAGUUUCAGGAGCAAUUCCUGAAUGUGAGCGGAAUGCCACAGGAGCUGAGCCAGUACCCCUGCCUUAAACAUCUGCCUCAGAUAUUCUUUCGUGCCAUGCGUGGAAUCAGCUGUCUGGUGGAUGCAUUUUUAGGCAUUUCUCGGCCGAGAUCGGACAGCGCUCCCCCAACACCCGUGAAUAGAUUAAGUAUGCCUCAGAGCACUGCUGUGAAUACCACACCACCACAUAACCGGAGGCACCGGGCUGUGACUGUGAAUAAGGCCACCAUGAAGACAACCGCGGUUACUACUGUUCACACCUCGAAAGUCCAGCACCAGGCAUCCUCCACUUCUCCUCUGUCAAGUCCAAAUCAGACUAGUUCAGAACCCAGGCCGCUGCCUGCCCCUCGCAGACCAAAGGUUAACAGCAUCUUAAAUCUCUUUGGAUCGUGGUUAUUUGAUGCAGCAUUUGUUCACUGCAAACUCCAUAACGGAAUAAACAGAGACAGCAGCAUGACUGCAUCUUUUAUCCAAAUUCUUCUUUCUUAUAAAUCUUCCAUUGCAACACAAGCUAGCAUGGAGUUUCGACGAAAAGGGUCCCAAAUGUCCACAGACACCAUGGUUUCCAAUCCUGUGUUUGAUGCAAGUGACUUUCCUGAUAACUAUGAAGCAGGAAGAGCUGAGGCUUGUGGGACAUUAUGUAGAAUUUUUUGUAGCAAGAAGACUGGAGAAGAGAUUCUGCCAGCUUAUUUAUCCAGAUUUUACAUGCUUUUAAUUCAAGGUUUGCAGAUAAAUGAUUAUGUGUGCCAUCCUGUCUUGGCCAGCGUUAUUCUAAACUCCCCUCCUUUGUUCUGCUGUGACUUGAAAGGGAUUGAUGUUGUGGUUCCUUACUUUAUUUCAGCUCUUGAAACCAUUUUGCCUGACAGAGAACUCUCAAAAUUCAAAAGCUAUGUAAAUCCAACAGAAUUGAGAAGAUCCUCCAUUAAUAUCCUGCUUUCUUUGUUGCCCCUCCCUCAUCAUUUUGGCACAGUUAGAUCUGAGGUGGUCCUAGAAGGGAAGUUUAGUAAUGACGACAGCUCUUCUUAUGAUAAACCAAUAACUUUUCUGUCCCUGAAGUUGAGACUUGUGAAUAUACUAAUUGGUGCCUUGCAAACGGAAACGGACCCUAACAACACCCAAAUGAUAUUAGGAGCAAUGUUAAAUAUUGUUCAGGAUUCUGCACUUUUAGAAGCCAUUGGUUGCCAAAUGGAGAUGGGUGGUGGAGAAAACAACCUGAAGAGUCAUAGUCGCACCAAUAGUGGCAUUAGUUCAGCAAGUGGAGGAAGCACAGAACCUACAACGCCUGACAGUGAGAGACCUGCUCAGGCUCUCCUAAGGGAUUACGCUCUUAAUACAGAUUCAGCUGCUGGGCUCCUGAUUCGCAGCAUUCAUCUCGUCACCCAAAGACUCAACUCCCAGUGGCGGCAAGACAUGAGCAUAUCCCUGGCGGCUCUGGAGCUCCUCUCUGGCCUGGCAAAGGUGAAGGUGAUGGUUGACUUGGGAGACCGGAAGCGUGCCAUCAGUUCUGUGUGCAGUUAUAUUGUAUACCAGUGCAGUCGGCCAGCUCCUCUUCACUCCCGGGAUCUGCACUCCAUGAUAGUGGCAGCAUUUCAGUGUCUCUGUGUCUGGCUGACAGAGCACCCUGAUAUGCUGGAUGAAAAGGAUUGCCUUAAGGAAGUAUUGGAGAUUGUAGAACUGGGUAUUUCAGGAAGCAAGUCCAAAAACAGUGAGCAAGAGGUCAAGUACAAAGGCGAUAAGGAGCCAAACCCUGCGUCCAUGAGGGUAAAGGAUGCUGCAGAAGCCACUUUAACAUGUAUCAUGCAGUUGCUUGGCGCGUUUCCUUCACCCAGUGGUCCUGCCUCUCCUUGUAGUCUGGUGAAUGAGACCACUCUGAUCAAAUACUCCAGGCUGCCAACCAUAAACAAGCAUAGCUUCCGGUACUUUGUCUUGGAUAACAGUGUCAUCCUGGCAAUGCUGGAGCAGCCGCUUGGAAAUGAGCAGAACGAUUUUUUCCCCUCUGUCACUGUGCUGGUCCGGGGAAUGUCGGGAAGACUUGCUUGGGCUCAGCAGCUUUGCCUUUUACCCAGAGGAGCAAAAGCAAAUCAGAAGCUUUUUGUGCCAGAACCUCGCCCAGUUCCUAAAAAUGAUGUUGGAUUUAAAUAUUCUGUGAAACAUCGACCAUUUCCUGAAGAGGUGGACAAGAUUCCUUUUGUAAAAGCAGAUUUGAGCAUUCCAGAUUUACAUGAAAUUGUCACUGAAGAAUUAGAAGAGAGGCAUGAAAAAUUAAGGAGUGGAAUGGCCCAGCAGAUCGCUUAUGAAAUACACCUGGAACAGCAGAGCGAGGGAGAAUUGCAGAAGAGAAGCUUUCCUGACCCUGUUACGGAUUGUAAGCCUCCUCCUCCUGCUCAGGAAUUCCAGACAGCCCGUCUUUUCCUUUCACAUUUUGGAUUUUUGUCCUUAGAAGCAUUGAAGGAACCCACAAAUAGUCGUCUACCUCCUCACCUUGUUGCACUCGAUUCUACCAUACCUGGGUUUUUUGAUGACAUUGGGUAUCUGGAUCUUUUGCCAUGUCGUCCUUUUGACACAGUUUUUAUUUUCUACAUGAAACCAGGUCAGAAAACAAACCAAGAGAUUUUAAAGAACGUGGAGUCUUCCAGAAAUGUUCAGCCACAUUUCCUAGAAUUUUUGCUCUCUCUUGGCUGGUCAGUAGAUGUGGGCAGGCAUCCUGGUUGGACGGGACACGUGUCCACCAGUUGGUCAAUUAAUAGUUGCGAUGAUGGUGAAGGGUCUGAACAAGAUGAAAUAACUUCCUCUGAAGAUGUUGGGGCUAGCAUUUUCAAUGGGCAGAAGAAGGUUUUGUAUUAUGCUGAUGCCCUGACGGAAAUAGCUUUCGUGGUUCCUUCUCCUGUGGAGUCCUUAACCGAUUCUUUGGAAAGUAAUAUCUCAGACCAAGAUAGUGACUCAAAUAUGGAUCUUAUGCCUGGAAUUCUGAAGCAGCCACCCCUGACACUUGAGCUGGUCCCCAAUCACACAGACAAUCUUAAUUCCUCACAGAGGCUUAGUCCCAGUUCCAGAAUGAAGAAGCUGCCUCAGGGUCGCCCUGUGCCUCCCCUUGGACCUGAGACAAGAGUGUCUGUAGUCUGGGUGGAACGCUACGAUGAUAUAGAAAACUUUCCCCUGUCAGAUCUGAUGACAGAGAUCAGCACUGGUGUGGAAACCACUGCUAACAGUAGCACUUCUCUGAGAUCCACAACUCUUGAAAAAGAAGUCCCAGUAAUCUUCAUCCACCCUUUAAACACUGGAUUGUUCCGGAUAAAAAUCCAGGGAGCCACUGGAAAAUUUAACAUGGUCAUCCCCCUUGUUGAUGGGAUGAUAGUCAGCCGGCGAGCCCUGGGCUUCCUGGUGCGGCAGACUGUAAUAAAUAUUUGUAGAAGAAAGAGACUGGAGAGUGAUUCCUACAGUCCACCACAUGUCCGUCGGAAACAGAAAAUCACUGACAUUGUCAACAAAUACCGGAAUAAGCAGUUGGAGCCAGAGUUUUAUACUGCCCUUUUCCAGGAGGUUGGUCUCAAGAACUGCAGCUCUUAGAGCACAGUCUGCCCAGGGCAGUGGACUGCAGAAUGGGCUCUGACAUCAAAGCAAGACAGUCCUGAAAAACACAAGCGAAUCACUCCCAAGAACUCACUGUUGAAUCACCAGAACCAUGAUGUGAAGCCACUGGCUCGAGGACUGCCUGCUUUCUGAUGAUGGACCUCACACAGUCACACUCCUGCUGAAAAGGACAACAAGCAUUUUAGCCAUAAACUUUCUUUUAAAGUGACAAUUUUAGUAAAUAUAAGCCUUUUGAGGAUAAAGGCUUUUAUGCAUCAGUUAAAUACAUACAUUGGUAGUGUCAACAGGCUUGCAAGGUAGGAGCUGAAGAUAGUUUAUACCUCGCUUUUUAGGAGGGUGUAUUCAAAAUUAAAAUCAGUCUCAGAACCUUCCAGAACUUUUUAAGGCUCAAGUUGACACCGUGAAGGAGGAGAUAGCAGCUUUGUGCUCAUGUUUCGAUCUAUUUGUUACCUGUCAUACUGACAGGUGAAACAUAAAGGGUUUUACUCAGAUGAGUCUGACAUUAAAAUAUUUCCUAUUUUUUUUCUCCAUGUUUAAGCAAGUUGCCCCUCUCUCUGCUGUGGAGAUCUGUCAUAUGGCCUCAGCUUCUUAGCAGACAGAUGGCAGUGGAGGCACAGCUGUGUACUCUAAUGGCUGUGAGUGAGCAGUGAUGCCUCCGUUGUCCAUUACUGUUCAGUUCGAUGGCCUGAUGAUAGGGUAGGCAUGGUUUCUUGAUCAAAUACCAAUAAUGGGAGUUCACAACAGGCUGAAAAUUAUUUCAGGACCAAGCAGCAAGCUGCAGUAGUUCUUGGAGGGUUCUAUUCGUGGUUCAGGAAGAAGUGUCCCACUCACUCAGCUCUUCAGAGAGCAGCUGCUUCGCAGUCCAUAGAAUCAGUGUCAUCUCCAUAGGUGGCAGCUGCUGUUAUGUUUCCUGGUCUUAGCCAGCUGAAGGUACAAGUCCCUGCCAGGACUCUGGAAUAUUUCAGUCACUUGACUGUUGUUUCUCUGCAAGGGACUAAGCAUAGGAGGUGGCCAGAACCAAACUGUUUUAGGACUCCUGUUACAGUGUUCACUAUAUUCCAAUUUUUAUGUUCUUACUCCUUCAGUAAGAUUAUUUGUCUUAGAAAACAAGUGACAUGUAUGGUCCAAAGAGGAAUAAUCAGAGAUUAACAGGGCUGUUCCCCCGUUGUCAUUAAAAUCUGCAGAUCAGGGUCUACUGUUUGGUUUGAAGUUUUGCUCUUUCCCUAGGACAUUAGGGGCAGUGUUACACCUGCUCCUCUGUGCAGGUGCCUCCAUUCCAGAAGUGUGUCUUCUGCGGUCCCUGAGCAAGAACCAUGGGUAUAGCAUCCCGUAGGCUGAAGUUUGCCACAACCCCCCCCUUUUUUUUCUCUACUCAGGUACAGACCCCUCUCUCCUCCAAUCUUCCUUGUCCUCGGUGUCAUCCUCUUCCUUCCCACUGUGAGUCUAGUUCCCAUUCGAGGCAUAGUGUUCUGCCUUUGAUUUUUUUUUUUUUUUAAAGCCAGGCAAUAAUCUAAUGUCUUCAGGUGAUACCAUGGGGUAAGGAAUGGUAAAAAUUAGUAGUGAGGUUUUCCCUAAAAAUAUUCUAGUAAUUCAGCAAGAAGAGGUGAAAUUGAACAACCUUUAAGAUCCUUCCAGACUGACACUUCAUUUCUUGUUCUGUGUGAGGUGAAUAAAGAAUCUGUACAUACAUGUGCAACUUAGAACAUUCCAGAGGCUACAGAUAACUGAUAAAGAUGUACUUCUUUCCUACUCUGGGUAUUGUUUAAAUAAUACCAGAAAGAUGAUGUAUGGGAUUUAUGUGUUGGGGUGGGCUUUCUGGCCCUUCCCCUUCGGUUGGCUCUAAUUUCUAAUUCUUUAUAAUUUUGAUAACUUUGGUAAGAGAACAACAAUGGCAGAUGUAGUUUGAAAUCUGGGGUACAUGGUGAUUCCCCAAGAAGGGAGGGAAGCCCUAGUGUGUACAGCCAACAGAACUUGGGAUGCACCCCCUCACUGGUUCCUUCUGUUCCACACACCAUCUACCUACCAGAGGGUGUGAUAAGAUCCUUGGGUCUCAGAGUGUGGUUUGGAAUCCUGCUCAUUGAGUUCACCCUCCUGCCUGCGCUAAGAUCACUUUGAACAGAAUCUUGUCAGAGGAACAUACUUAGUACAUACAAUAAUCUUAGAAGUUCACUUGAUAAAUUUGCCCACACAGGCUCAGAAACUUUGAAGAAACACUGGAACCAAUCUGGACUGUGGUUUAAACUGAUCGGUUGCUGUACUUGGAUGCCUAGGCACUCCCAAAGAGGAACAUUUGCUAAGGGUGUUUAGGCUGGCAGCCCCCUCCUGUUCACUUCUGAAACUGGGGGCGGGAGUAGGGGAUUGCUCCUUUGCCUGGGAGCACAGGAGACAGGGCUCUUAACCUCUUCAAACCUUGCUGCCACCUUUCCCAUUUGUCUUGAGUUUCCUCUUAAGACCUCCUGGCCUUUGGCUCCUUGAAAAGAACUCCCGUGGUAGGGCAGCCCUCCCGGCCAUACAGAUGCAUGUGCCAUGCACAUGUGUAUAUGAGCAUCUCCCUCUUCAGCUCCCUGAUCUUAGGGUAGCUCCAUCAUGGGGCUCACCCAUAAAAACACCUCCACUUUGGCUGGCCCUGUCCGUGUCUGGCUCACAGGUAGUAGGACAGCCUGAAAGAACGGCUCCCUGUCUGCAUUAGGGGAGAAUCAGGUUCUGCAGGCUGACCUCUACAGUGAUGAGUUUUCCGGGGUGUAUUCCUAUUGAGAAGUGGAACUUCCCCACAGAGUCAGCCUUGGGCAGAGCUGGGUAGGUAGGUGGUGACAACUGUCUUAGAGGACAUUUGACACUCUCCUGGCAUCAGUUGUCCAUUAGCAUUUAAAGCCUGUUUAGGCUGGAGCUUUGGUGUUAACAGUGACCAUUGGCACCCACUGGUCUGUUCUCAGCACUCUCUGACAUUCCCUCUUCCUGAGGGAUCCACCUGGCAGUGGAGUCACUGGUCUCACUGCUGGCAGAGCCGGGCACUGCAUAGUGUUUUCUCAGAACAGCCACCCUUGUUCUUCAGACAAGUUUUUUAGUGAUGAGAGGAAAUGUGUAAUUUGGGAUUCCACAGUGCCUUGCAUAUGGUAGGCGCCCAAUACCUAUUUGUUGAAGCAAAUCAAGUUCUUUGUCCCCACAGUGACCAACGCAUCUUCCUCUGAAGGGCUUGGCAGUUGUGGCUAAAAUCUAAGUAUCAUUAUUUGCUCGAAACCAUAUUUACAGUUUGUAUGAAUUUCGGUAUAUUGCCAAGAUGGGAUCUUUUUCCUAUUGUAUUUUCUGUAAAUAUUUCUGCCACUGAUCUGUAAAGUAAAGGAUAUGUAAAUAUGAAGGUGUGCCUGUGUCCCUCGCUGCCUGUGUUGGAUCUGCGCUAGCCUGGGAAGAAGGUGCAGAGGUUCGUAUUUAUGCCUGUCCUCCGUCCACAAGAAACCCACGGGAUAUUGAAUGUAAUACACGCAGUCAAUUAAAUUUUA